GCACUAACCAACUAGGCAUAAUACCCACCACUUACCAUUAUCAUACCAUAAAGCAGCACAAAUCCAUAUAUCUGUAAUUUAAAAAGGAAGCAACAUAACACAUUUCUCCUCUUAUCUUCCUAUCCCACAUUUAAUUUUCUCUCUCUUUAUACUUGCUCCAACUAGUUAAUUACAGCACCAUCAUCUAGUUUCCGGAAUCCGGUUCUCUCUCAAGACGUACUUGUUGUAGCAUGUCGCGUACAUUCACAGCUUUGAGGGAGCAUAUUCUCACCAAAAGAAAAAGUCGUAAGGUUGCAGAUGAGACUAUGUUUGGCAAUGGGAUAGGCGCCAUAAUAUAUGCUGAUCACGAGGUAGAACAACAACGUAGGCAACCUUGGAAUGGUUUGUUGGUUAUUUACACCAUUGUUCGCAUCCCGUUUUCUAUCCUUUCCAGCUUCUCUAAACGCCAAGGGAACAUUGCUGAUAGGACAUGGGUUACUGGACAUACGAUGAGAACUUCAGAAAUCGAUCAUCUUAUGGUAAGUGACAGCAUGCGCUAUGCAAUCUGUAUGUAGUUUCCGUCUUCCUGCAUGUAGUAGUAAGCUUGCUAGACUUCUUUUCUAGACCAAGGUAAAGUAUUAUCAGCAUAUGUAUUAACAACCACCAGUAUGUAUAGAAAAUCCUGUAAAUUACAGCAGAUAGUCAUGAGAAAUAAGAAAAAAAAAUCUGAAGCUAGCCUCUGUUGGCUUUUUUGAUGCAGAAUUUGAUGCCUGCAAACUGCAGUAAUAUAGAUUUCAGAACUAACAAGAGAUCCUAUUAUGCAGUUUUCUCUAAUAAUAAAGUAGUAGUUCAUUAAUCCA